AUGACCACACCUGGGCCCUACACAUUUACACCAAGAUACUGGUUCUUCCCACCUGACCAAGCAAUCUGCUACAACCCGGCCACAAUGCACGAGACGCCCGACAAUACAUCCAACUGGCACGAAUGGGGCAUCUACAUUCCCAUCUUGGGCGAGUAUGCCACCGACCACGAAAUGCUCAACGAGGCCUUGAAUGUCAUAGAGCAGGGAAAGGCUCAGCCGGCGCCAGGCAAUGGCUCGUGUUUUCCAGGGGGCCUGUUCUAUCGAUUCUGGACCACUGAUGCCGAGAUUCAGGAGGGUUACACUCCGCUAGUUCGUCGCGCCAAACAUGCGAUCCAAUGCGACUACUACACUUGGAAGACCAAUUGCGAUAUUGCGCAUCUGGAGCAUCUAUACGAGGUUGAUCGGCGAGAGAGAGGUCCUGGGACCUUGAAGCCUGGUGAGCAUCCUCGUCCAAUCGCCCCGAAGGUGAUGCCGCAGUAUCGUCCGUCGCUGCAUGUUGUGGCUUCGCGGCCGCAAGGUCCUUGGUAUCUUCAUGCUUGA